AAAUAACAGCCAAAACCCCCAUGCAAAUUCAAGGAAAACAUAGCUUGAUUAUAAGAAAAUGGCAGCCUCAAAUCUCCAAACCCUUUCUCUUCUUCUUUGUCUUCUGACCCUUACUCGCUUGUCGACCUCCGAAGCCGCCACCGGCGGCAUUACCGUCUACUGGGGCCAAAGCACCGCCGAAGGAACUCUCCGAGAAACAUGCGCCACCGGCCGAUAUAAAUACGUCAUCCUAGCUUUCCUCAACAACUUUGGCAACGGCCGUACCCCUUCCAUCAACCUCUCCGGCCACUGCAACCCGGCCACUGGAGGCUGCACCGUGCUCAGCCAAAACAUCAAGUUCUGUCAGAGAAUGAGGGUCAAAGUCCUCCUCUCCAUUGGCGGAGGAGUCGGAAAUUACUCUCUUGCAUCUCCCUCCGACGCCAGAAAUUUCGCUACUUAUCUCUACAACCAUUUCUUGAGUGGGCGAUCAACUGCACGGCCGCUCGGUGACGCCGUUUUAGAUGGUAUCGACUUUGAUAUCGAGCUCGGCUCCACUGCAAACUGGGAGGUCCUGGCUAAAAACCUUAAAGGUUUGAGCAAGUCGAGGAAAAGGGUGUAUUUAUCGGCGGCUCCUCAAUGUCCAUUUCCUGACAAGUUCCUUGGCACCGCCAUUAACAAAGGUGCUUUUGACUUCAUCUGGGUUCAAUUCUACAACAAUCCUCCAUGCCAAUAUUCAGCAGGCAACAUAAACAACCUCAUAUCCUCAUGGAACCGGUGGACUUCGUCCGCGGGUGGCAGUGGAAAGAUCUUCCUCGGACUACCGGCAGCUCCCGGAGCGGCAGGAAGCGGGUAUAUUCCAGCCAAUGUGCUGACUUCAGCGAUUCUGCCGAAGAUAAAGAAGUCGCCGAGAUAUGGAGGAGUUAUGUUAUGGUCUCGAUACUGGGACAAGGUGAAUGGAUACAGUUCUGCCAUUGCCGGUAGUGUUUGAAGCUGUUUUAGAGGUUGGCUCUGUUGAAUAAUCAAUGUAAUACAUUAUUCUAAAACUAAGUAAUAACUUGUUUUUUAGCGUCAGUUGUUUAAUGUGUCUAAUAACAGUGGCCUUAUUGUAAUCAUCUUAAAUAAUAAUAAAGUUAAUUAAU